UCCGGGUACUUUGUGACUCCACAGCCUCUCUAUUCUGUCUUCAUGCACCAGUGAGCGAGUCUCAUAGGAAUGAACGGAGCUCCGCCUCUCUCUCUUUUCUCGUCCAUGGUUACAAACACCACUCUCAUCCACACACACAGCGGGUUAGCCUCGGUUAGCUUAGCUUCUCCAAACCGGUUGUGUGAUUUGUUUCUCCGAUGUGUUGCCGGGAUCCUCGUUGAAGUAACGGAUUGAUCUGCCUCCCCUCCUCGGCCAUGGAGUGCCGUGUCCUGUCCAUACAGAGCCAUGUAGUCCGGGGGUAUGUGGGCAACAAGAGCGCCUCUUUCCCAUUGCAGGUUUUAGGGUUUGAGGUGGACUCCAUCAACUCUGUGCAGUUCUCCAACCAUACAGGUUACUCUCACUGGAGGGGUCAGGUUCUGACGGCCGAUGAGCUCCACGUUCUGUACGAAGGAAUCAAACUGAACAACGUGCACAAGUACGACUACGUGUUAACAGGGUACACCAGAGACACGUCCUUCCUGGAGAUGGUGGUGGAUAUCGUCCAGGAGCUGAAGAGAGCAAACCCCAACCUGGUGUACGUGUGUGACCCUGUCCUCGGGGACCAUGGAUCUAUGUACGUCCCUCAGAACCUGUACCCGGUCUACAAGAACAAAGUGGUUCCUGUGGCGGACAUCAUCACCCCCAACCAGUUUGAGGCUGAAUUGUUGACGGGGAAAACCAUCACCACGGAGAAAGACGCUGUGGAGGUGAUGGACCUGCUUCACGCCAUGGGUCCCGACACGGUGGUCAUCACGUCCUCCGACCUCCCCUCCAGACUGGGGGAUCGCUUCCUGGUGUCUCUGGGCAGCCAGCGCCACGUGCGUCCGGACGGCAGCAGGAAGACGCAGCGAGUCCGGAUAGACGUCCCUAAAGUGGACGCAGUGUUUGUAGGAACCGGAGAUCUGUUUGCUGCGAUGCUGCUAGCGUGGACUCAUCACUACCCCAAAGACCUGAAGAUGGCCUGUGACAAGACGUUUUCAGUGAUGCACCAUGUCAUCAAGAGGACCAUUGCAUACGCUCACGAGUUAGCGGGUCCCGGUCGGAAGCCCAGCCCCCCCCAGCUGGAGCUCCGGAUGGUGCAGAGUAAAGCCGACAUCGAAAACCCCGAUGUAGUCAUGGAGGCCACCAUCAUAUCCUAACAUACCCCCCCACCAUUAUAUCCUAACAGUUCCCCCCUCCCUAUAAGACUCAAAUCAGUCGAUCACUGUAAACUUCAGCACUGACUCCUUUAGUAUCGUGACCCUGUCGUCCUCCACCCUAAACUCUCUAAGUCCUCCUGUCCUAGACCCUUACCUCCUAAACCCUAACCCCCUUACCUCCUACACCCUAACCCCCCCUGUCAGAGCCAUGGACAGACAGCCUCACUGCUGACUGUAUUUAUGCAACUCAAAGUGCUUUUCAAAAAUUCUGAGAAAAAGUGAGAAAUAUAAAUUAUGAAAAAAAGUCAAAACCUUGAAAAAAGUAAAUAUUCUGAGAAAGAAGUCAAGAUCUGAAAUAAAGUCAAAAUUAUCAGAAAAAGUCAAAAACUGAGAAAACACAAUGAAUGAAGUCAGAAAUAUGAAUUGAGAGAAAAAAAGUUUAAGAAACGAAAAAAAUUCAAAAUGAUGAGAAAAAAAAUCUAUUUCUAAGAAAAAAAGUUAAAAACCAGGAAAAAUUCAGAAUGUGAGAAAAAAGUCAAAAUCUUUGAACAAAAUCUGGAUCUGGAAGAAAAGUCAGAAUUCGGAGGAAAAAGUAAAAUACCUGGAAAAAAGUGAAAAGUCUGGAAAAAAAAGUAAAAUUCUUCGUUUUUAAUAAUCUGUUUUUAAAAAGCCAAGAUAAUUCAAAUAAAAAAGCUCGUAAAACGGGUUUAAAUAAGUAGAGUCAGAGUGUAACACAAAACAUGCCAUGAAUAUAUAUUCUUAAAUACAAAAUAUGAGGGUGAUCCUGUUUAAUUAAUUUCAGAAAACUAGAGGAUUUUUUUCACCUGCUCCUGAUUUCAAAUGCCAAGAAAAUAACCAUUAAUUUGACUUUCUUCACAAUUUAAAAAGAUCUGAAGUUUCUGAGGGAAAGACAGACUGAGAUGUAAGGAGCAGAAUGGAUGAACUAAUAAUCCAUAGUGCGCUUGUUGACUAAAUCAAACCAAUUUGGCUUUAUAUUAUUGGCUAUAAUUACAUUUCCAGACAAAUACUUAAUAUAAAUGUCCCUUUAUCUGCUCUUAUAUAACCAUCAUGCAUCCCUCAGCCCAUUCACUGAGUGUCCUGCCUUUAAUUAAUUCAAUAUAAACCACUGAAUUGCUCUUUAACUGCCAUUCACAGUACUAAUCAGCACUAAUUGAUCCCUCACUGUCUCUCCAUGGCUCCGCCCCCUCCCAGUCUUACAGCAGUGAUGUAAUGGUGACCAAGUCUAACCCCGUUGAAAACAUAACAAAGAAAAAAAAAAAACGCACAAUGUAUAGUUGAUGUGUAGAUGUUGUACUAUAGCUGUUAUUGGACCGUCUGUGUGGAAUGGGACCUGUCUAUUGGACCAUUGUGUUGAUGCUACUGUUCUAAUGACCACAAUAUCAAACACAUCCGGGCCGGGUCCGGCACCGCCUUAGUGAUAAGUAACUGUUUAAUAUUCAUUGUGUGUAGAAGAA